AAGUUGCCGUAGACGAGAGAGAAGUGGUCAUAGGUCGGAGCCCUAGGAAGGUGCUUGCUUCCAUAGGUCAAGGUAAAACAAUGUCGCGCUUCCUCCCCUCCACAAAGAUGAAUCAAAUGAUGGAGCAUCUGGGGAAGUGGGCUAUGCAAAGCCCUGAUGACAAGACCAUAAUAAUCUCGCAGUGGACCGAAUCGUCUCAAACUUAUCUCCGACUUCCUUGCGGAGAAGAAGAUACCCCAUGUCAAGUGCGAAUCUUCUGAUGACCUCGUACCUGCUUAUCUGAAUUAAUUUAAUCUUUCAGUUUAGGUUUCAUGG